AUGACCACGGGUACAGACGUCCUGCCAUCGAAAUCUUCUCAGGAUCAGCCUGACUUUGACUUUGAGGGAGAUGACGAUUUUACUGCUGGAUUUGGAGAGCAGGCUACCCGUCCAGGACUGUUGGAUAAUAUUGGCAAACCAGAUAAUGACCCAGUUGCUACCCCUUUCGAGGAAGCAAAGACACCGGAUGAACCUGCGAAACCUUCAGGAUUUAGAAGAUGUCAGACUGAUGCAGGGCCUAGCCGUGCUCGCAGGCACUUGAAGUCGACUGUGUCCAAAGAGGAGGAGAAGGAGAAAAAGUCCCCCGAUGUUGCUCCCGAUGAGGAGAAUGCCGACACCGAAAUUCCACCCGUUCGUGGUGUCUCUCGGCAGCGUACACCUCGGUCUGAGCGUGUGGCUGCAAGAGGUGGAGACCGAGGCCUAUCGCCGGCUGGAAAUCCCCUUCGUCGAACAGCAACUUCAGGGGGUGAACGACCCAGGCAACGAUUGGGUUUAGGUCUGAAACGAACUACAUCUCUAUCCCCUGGUCCUGCCCCAAGACAUCGAAGGGAACCCAAAGACCUGUCAGAGCUAGAAAAGGAAAUUUUAGAAUCAACAUCACCGGCUGGACAUCCUCUUCGUCAAACAGCAACAUCAGGGGGUGAACAUCGACCCGGCCAACGAUUGGGUCUGAAACGAUCUAUAUCCCUAUCCCCUGAUGCUUCCCCAAGACAUCGAAGGGAACCCAAAGACCUGUCAGAGCUAGAAAAGGAAUUUGUAGAAUCAACAUCGCCGGCUGGGCAUCCUCUUCGUCAAAAAGCAACAUCAGGGGGUGAACAUGGACCCGGGCAACGAUUGGGUCUGAAACGAUCUAUAUCCCUAUCCCCUGAUGCUUCCCCAAGACAUCGAAGGGAUCCCAAAGACCUAUCAAGGCUGGGCAAGGAUGUUGCCGAAUCCAGCAACAAUCCACAAAACAGAGCGGCAACUUCUAGUCAAAGUGUGGCUAGUGCUCCCGGUGAAAAGUGCCACAUUCAGAAGAAAGGGUCUAGCAUGGCUCAAUCAGAAAGGCAUAGCACUUCUUGGAGUAGACGCACUGACCAUGGCGACAAAUUGCCACAUGAAAAGGAACACAAAGAGGAAGACAACCAGCCACUGACAAAAGGCAGCAGACGGGGUGUUUCCCCCCGGCCGAUGGGGCACCGCGCUGCCAGCAGCAGAGCAGCGGUAUCUCCGAGACACAGGGAUGACUCUACCAGAAUACCGAAAUCAUCUGAACAAGAUGAUUGUAGCGAUAGUGACGAGCCAGAGGCACCAAAGAAACGGUGCAGCAAGGGGCGUGAACAUAGCAGGCGAGCAGAUAAACAUGGUCAUGGUGAGCACGAGCUAAAGAGAAGGACCAGCAAAGAAGACAGGCACAGUGGAGGAGACAGGCACUCAAAGCCCAGGCGCACUGAAAACGACCAAGCCACGAAACGUGUGUCCUCUGACGCGGAAUUCGAAAAAUCGGGAGGUGAUCUGUCCGUGGAUGAAACAAUGAGAAAAAGAUCGAGCCACGGCAAGGAUGAAACAAUGAGAAAGAGGUCUAGCCGCGGCAAUGAUGAAAUAAGGAAAAAGAGGUCUGGUCAUGGCCAUGGCAAGUCGGGUUCAGACAGGCACCUAAGCUCAAAACCCACGUCUCGGAGCAACCAUGGUGAGAGAUCCAGGUCUCCCAGGCGCACUGGUAGCGACCAUGCCAAAAAACACGUGUCCUCUGAAACGGAAUUGGAUGAUUCUGAAGGUGAUCUUUUAGAAGAUGACACAGUGAAAAAGAGGUCUAGCCACAGCAAAGGCAGGUCGAAACGAUCUACCGCGAGGGCUCCAUCUCCAGCCAGAGCUAGAGAAUCAAUGUCCAAAUCGGAGAGGCGACCUGCAAGGGAUGCAUCCCCGACUAGACAUAGCGAUCCGAUGUCAAAAUCAGAAAGGCGCUCUCCUUCCAGGCAUUCCUCUCCAUCCAAGGCUAGAAACUCUUUGUCAAAAUCGGAGAGACCAGUUUCGACCAGGGCUUCAUCCCCAGAAACAGCAGAAGAUUUCACCAUCACGAUGAAAUGGGAGCGGAAUACACCAAGUCGCUCAAAUUCGCAAAAAUCCAGCGAUGAAAAGACUCAUAGGAAAGGUGCAAAGGCAAUCGAUCAUGAAAUGGCACAGUCCAAGCAUGACCACCCGGAGGGACACAAAAAAGCAGACUGCGGAAAGAGCCGAGAAGAAAAAGUCAGCGGCUCUCCAGGAAGGUCUUUGAAGUUCAGCAGAGAUCAUAGCAAGCGCUCGAUGUCUCCGACGCGGGGAGCCACCAGCAGGGAAGUUGUUUCGCACAAAGUUUCGGAAGAGGGAGAAAAAGCCGUACGACGCACUCCCGGUCGUACCAUAUCCCUGAAAUCGAGCAGAGAUCGCAGUCACAGAUCAACAUCAUCCAGGCGACUGCCUUCCGGUAGCGACCAUGGAGUUUUGACUUCUUCAUCCAUGCCUAGACGAGGCCUUUUGAAGGCAGCUUCCAGCCACAAAGGGCGUUCCCUGUCGCCGCAUCGAAUUUGCCGCCCACCCCAAAGGAACAUUUCGGACAAAUCCGAUGGCACCUCCGAUAGUACCAGUACCGGUAUGCGAAGGUCCCCUUCUGGCGGCGACAUGAAAAGGUCCCAAUCUAGCGGUGACAUGAAAAGGUCCUCUUCUGGUGGUCACAUUUCGCGAAGUCAAGGCCGCUCGGUCUCCCCCAAACGAAUGGCUCGAGGCCACUCUAGACGAGACAAGGGUGACCGAGAUGCCGCCGAUGACAGCCCCUCUCGAUCGCUCCGGCGAAGCCCGACUCGGGAGGGUCCACGUCGUAGGAACCCAGCCGAUAUUCAACGGAACCAGAUAAUGAGAGGUUUGCAGGUUCAAGCCCAGUUGGAAGAUGAAACAGAAGAGGAUUCGAACCAAUUUUCAGCUCACUUUGGUGAUUUCGAGGGACAGGAUGGGUUGGAUGCCAGCACAUGGCACCCUGGCUCAAACAAAAAUGAAAGCAAACCCAACAAAUCACUUUCACAUCAUGCUGGAUCAGCAGCGGGAAGGGCAGCAAUGGCUUUUUCAAACGUGUUGAAUUCAUCCAUUAGUGCUGCUGCUGUGAAAGUUUUGGAUGGUCUAUCAGGGUCCUCUCAGCAUGGUGCAUCUUCGGAACAUGACGCAACUAAGAAGGAUCGAAAGUUUCGUACAUCUGUCUUUGGAGGCAAGAGUGGAAAGACGAUUCAAGGACCAACGCUGCUUGGAGAGCGUGACGACCUUUCUGAAUCUUCUGACGAGUUUGCAUAG